AUGGCGGAUGAUCUGGUUUCGAGAUAUGCAAAUCUUAAUUUGGAAGAUGAGGAAAAUGGAGUUGUGGACUUAGGAGCCACUGAUGCUCUGCCUAUGAACGAUAAAUUUAAUCUUCUGCUAAUUGGGAAGGUUAUGAUUGAUAGACCAUAUAACGUUGAUGCUUUCAAGGCUACGAUAACGAAAGUAUGGGUGUUGACUAAUGAGAUUGUAAUUAGGGUUCUUGGCCCUAAUUUAUAUGCAUUCCUAUUAUUUCAUUGGCGUGAUAAGGAGAAAGUGUUGUCGGGUAGGCCGUGGUGCUUUGAUAAUAUGUUGAUUGUGAUCAAAGAGGUGGAGGGGGACGAACAACCUGAGCGUAUAGCCCUAUGCCACUCACCUUUUUGGGUCAGGAUUAAAUUUCUCCCGUUCAAUUGCAGAUCAGAUACGGAUGUGAAGGAGAUUGCGUGGAACCUUGGGGAGGUGUUGGAGAUUGAAGAAGACAAGUUGCGGCUAGAUAGAUUUCGAAGGGUUAAGGUGAUGAGUAAUGUGAACAAGCCGUUGCGUAGGUGCCAGAAAAUUCGAGACAAGGCUGGAAAGGAAAUUAUAUUGUUGUGGAAUUUGCCUAUGAGAGAUUGA